AUGCGCACCAAUUUGUCGUAUUGUUAUUGCUCGACAACAUUGGCCGGUGGCGAACUCGAGACCGUCGAAGAGGCGGAGAGUGGCGAGAGCAACGGCUACGAAGAAGAUGACGAGAUUGAGGAUGGUGGCGGCGGCAAUGCUGAUGGUGACGUUGGUGGCGCUGGUACCGAUUCGACGACAGCGGUGUUAGAGGGUAGUGUUGGCGGUGAUAUUGGUGGUGGUAAUGGCACCGGUACAGUAACAACCGAAGAGGAAGGACGAGCGAAGCAAACGAAAACGAAAAAUGGCAAUGAACAGAAAAAGCAGGCGAGGCAACGUCAUGUCAAAUUGGUGGACUGUAGGGGUAAUGGUCGGGAUAAUGGUAAUGGUGGUAGUGGAAGUGGUGGUGGUUGUGGUGGUGGUGGUAAGCCUACCGCAUUUUGUCCGGUAUUUGUGAUAAAUGGUGAAUGA